UUACCAGCGGGUCUGCUGUGGAGUGUUUGGUUCUUGGUGUAGGAUCAGGAAACACUGCCGUUUUUAAUAGAAGCCAGAUAUUUUUCUGGCAAAGGGAAAGUUCACAUCUAGUGAAGUGUUUGUUUACAAAAUUUUGACAACAUAAUCAAAGAUUAGCAGAAAACUUUCAAGGGACAAGGUCAUAGAAACCAACCCAGGAAACAGCUUUUCCAGCUUCAUUGCCAGUCUUCUGCUGGCGUCAAACUUUGCAGCCUUCUAGGAAAUUACGGUGAGCUUUAGGAUUUGGAUAGAGAGCUCUGUCUCGACUUUAGUUGCUAUCCAGUUUUUCACCAGUAUGUUCCGCGUAAUGCACACCGAAAUAUGCUUUUCAAAGCACGUCUUGGAAUUCGUGCAGAUAUAGCAACAUCAGCAAUGGCGACCGGAACAAAGUCCGCAGGACUCGAAACUGAAGCAUCCUGUUUUUAAAAUAAUCGAAAGCGAAAGCGGCCAGCGACUGAGCGCUGCUAGGCGCAGAGGACAGGUUUGUGUGGUCGAGUUGGGGUUCGGUUCUAAGCGCCGGUUUCCGCGAGCUGCGUGGUGGAGCAGAGAAUCAUGGAUGCUGAUAUGAACAACAAAAAGCAAGCUUGUAAAGAGCACUCACCACAGAAAGAAGUUAUGCUAGUUGAACAAAGUGAGGGAUUAAUUCAUGAAAUUAUGAGGGAAAACUUCCAGCUUGACCAGGAGAUCAAAAAACUUGAAGCAGAGUUACACUCGGAUGCCAGAGAAUUCAAAAUUAAAGAGAAUAUACCAGAAGGAAAGCUUAAAUUCGUCUCAGUGGAGAAUCCUGAGGAUGGUGGCCACUUCUCAAAUAGCUCGUGUUCAUUUCAAGUGAGCUCACACAUUCUUUAUGAGCUCCAGAACGGACAAGCGCUUAUCACCUUUGAGAAGGAAGAAGUUGCACAGAAUGUGAUAGCGAUGGGGAAGCAUCUUGUGCAGAUGGAGAAAACCUCUGUGGAGGUCACUGCCCAGCCAGUCCCACUAUACACAGGAGUCAGAUUCCAGAUUCACGUGGACGUUUCCAAGAUGAAAAUCAGUGUUACAGGAAUUCCCGAUGAACUGCCUGAAGAUCAGACAAGAGACAAGCUGGAGCUGAGCUUUUGCAAGUCCAGGAACGGAGGUGGAGAGGUGGAAAGCGUGGACUAUGACAGGAAGUCAGGAAGCGCCGUUGUCACAUUCGUGGAAGCGGGAGUUGCUGACAAGAUUUUGAAGAAGAGAGACUACCCUCUUUAUAUGAAUUCAAAGUGCUAUAGAGUUACAGUUUCUCCAUUUAUAGAGAGACGCUUGGAAAAGUACCAGGUGUUUUCAGCCGUAUCUAAGAAGACAGUGCUUCUGACUGGAUUAGAAGUCAUUUGGAUGGAUGAAGAGAUUGUGGAGGAUUUAAUCAGCAUCCACUUCCAAAGGAGGAAUAAUGGAGGUGGAGAAGUAGACGCGGUCAAGUGUUCUUUAGAUCAGACUUACACAGCUUAUUUUGAAGAAUAGACCAGAGGAACCAUAUGGAAAUUGUAGCUUUGAGCCCAAAUCACUGUAAACAUUUACAAAAUAUUGUUUUCCUUGAAAAAAGAACUUUAAUUUGUGUCUUAUUCUUCCAUGCAAAAUCUAUUCCUGGCUGGGCAGUGGUGGUGCACGCCUUUAAUCCCAGCAAUUAGGAGACAGAGGCAGGUAGAUCUCUGUGAGUUCGAGGCCAGCCUGGUAUACAGAGUGACCAGGACAGCCAGGGCUAUACAGAGGAACCCUGUUUUGAAAAACAAGAAAACAAAACAAAAAAAUCUAUUCCUGGAUCUUAAACUUCUUUUUUUGUGCUGGGCAAUGGUGGUGCAAGCCUUUAUCCCAGCACUGGGGUGUGUGUGAGUGUGUAUAUGUG